AUGGAGGCUUUUAUGCAAGACGCGAACACGUUCCGCAAGGCUCUUUUUGAAGUCCAGAUCAUCUUAUACAGAAACCGAAUGAAUAAUUUAUGCAAUAUCAAUUAUCGUCACGGCGGUCAACUUUGCCCAAAUUUUACCGUUUAUUCCCAACAAAUCACCGAUCUAUUUAAUGCUCUUCGCCGAUGCGGCGACGAUUUCGAUAGCGAUGUUGGUGACAUGGACCGAGUCAGAAUAGUGAUGACCGAAAUGUCGUUGCUCUACCGUCGUGUUGAGCAACAUUUUGAUGGGUACAUCCGAGAGGCUGAAUUGAAUAAUUCUUAG